ACGCUCAACAUGGAUCACAUAGCCAAUCCCCUCGGUACGUAGUACAGCCCACCUAUUUCCGACUGUGACGUCAGUUGGGCACCUACCUGCUGGAGAGUUUCGGUGAGCGGAAGUCGCUGGUGGUGUUUUUGACGAUACUGCGCGGACUUCUCAGAAUUAUUUCGAAGUGAAGUAGUGUCGUCCACCAUGUUGGUGUAUCGCUGCUUAGUUUCGGUGACACUGUGCCUCCUGUACGCAGCGCCAGGUAUUGGUGCCUUUUCAGUCACAACCAAAGCAGCAGAAGUACGUGUAAAAGAGAAUGAAGGUGCGGACCUGACCUGCUCUUAUUCUGGAGACUAUGGUGCAAAUGCAAGAGUUGAGUGGAAAUUUAAGGAUUUAAAAGGCUCACAGACCUAUGUGGUUUUUGAUGGUAAACCUACAACACCAUAUUUGGAUCGAGUGAUAAUGCAUACUAGUAACUUGAGAUUCUCCAAAAUGACCCGAAAUGAUAACGGAGUGUAUGACUGUGAGGUGUCUGGUAAUGGCCAGUUUGGAGAAACCAGGGUUACGGUGACUGUUUUGGUGCCACCAUCUGUGCCUCAGUGUAGGGUGCUCCCCACAGUGACAACUGGCAAAACCGCGUUGCUGUCCUGCCAUGACGUUGAUGGCUCGCCUCCAUCUAAAUAUAGGUGGUAUAAGGAUGGCAUGCUUCUCCCAGCAGAGCCCAGCAAGAUUUCUGGUUUUCAAAAUGCCACGUACAAGCUGAACACGGACAAUGGCAACUUGGAAUUUCCCAGAGUGACCAAAGCAGACUCAGGACAAUACUACUGUGAGGCAUAUAAUGAUGCUGGUCUCCCACAGCGGUGCAAAGAAAAGAAGAUGGAAGUUCGUGACCUUAAUACAGGAGGAAUUGUUGCUGGAGUGCUGGUAGCUCUGAUUCUGCUUGUCCUACUGGGAGUUGGAAUUUGGUAUGCCAAAAAGAAGGGAUACCUGCCUAAGAAAAAAGAAAGGAAGGCAAAUGUGGUCUACCAGCCUACAUCAAUGUAUGGCAAUGAGGGUGAUGAUGGGGAGUUCAAACAGAAGUCAUCAUUUGUUGUGUAGUCCACACAACAGGUCAACACAGAAGUUUUAUUGUCUUCUUUUAGGUCUUUUUUAAGGAAGUUUUAGAAUGUAUUUGUUUUUUAUGCUUAAGCUUGAAACCUGAGAAUCUGACAACACAGUUGCAAAUCCUACAAUGUAAAUAAAAAUGUCAAAAAUGUAUUGAAUAUUUAAGUGACAGGGACAUUAAUCAUAGCAAUAUUUUAAAUGAAUAAGCCUAUUCAUUCCAUUUUGAAUUUUGUAAUUAUGUUGUCACGUGUGAGUUUGAAUUGUGGGCUUUUUCUUUUUCUAAAUAAUUUCAUAUUUUUUUAAUUUCUUUUUGGUUUUUAACGUGUGCCGCUAAUAUUACUUUUGCUGUGACUGGCAAGGAUUAUUGUGACAUUCUAUUAUAAUAAAAAUAAGAAAACUCC